UCACUCCGCGUCUGCUCUGCUGCGGCUUGCGCUCUCGCUAAGAGCAGUGGUCCAUUGACCAGCAGAUAGCAGCAGCUGCAGGUUGUGGUAGUUUGUCAAACGAUCUCCAGUCUUUCCUACAACAAGUCAACAAUAACAUUGACCGGCUCUUUCAACAAGAAUGGCACUACGCAAUGAAGAAGACAAUCUUGUGUACGAAGUGCACGAAAUUGUGGUGCAGAGAGUUGGCCAUGUCCCGGUGGCUAAGGGCGAUUUCACCCACUUGUCCAAGAAAGUCCAGAGAUUUGUUGCCCACUGUGUGCAACAAUUCAAGCCCCGGGGUAUCUACAUCUGUGAUGGGAGUCAGGAGGAGGCAGACGAGAUUAUCCACAAACUCCUGGAGCGAGGGACUCUCACUAGGCUCACCAAGUACAAGAACAAUUACUUGUGCCGCACGGACCCUGAGGAUGUGGCCCGCGUGGAGUCCAAGACGUUUAUCUGCACGCAAAAUAAGUACGACACGGUGCCGCACGUGAGAGAGGGCGUGCAGGGAACCCUGGGACGAUGGAUGAGUCCCGAGAACAUGAAGAAGGAGCUCGAUGCACGAUUCCCAAGCUGUAUGGCAGGUCGUAUGAUGUACGUGAUUCCAUUCAGCAUGGGUCCGGUGGGCUCCCCACUCAGCAAGAUUGGCGUGCAGGUGACGGACAGCAACUACGUGCUGCUGUGUAUGCGCAUCAUGACACGCGUGUCGCCCAAGGUGUGGGAGGUGCUGGGUGAUGGGGACUUCGUCAAGUGCAUCCACUCCAUGGGAUGUCCAAGACCUGUGCAGAGGCGUGUAAAGAACCACUGGCCGUGUAACCCGGAGAAGGUUCUCAUCACCCACUUCCCAGAGGAGAGGAAGAUCAAGUCGUUUGGCAGUGGCUACGGGGGGAACUCCCUGUUAGGGAAGAAAUGUUUCGCCCUUCGCAUCGCCAGCGUCAUCGCCCGCGACGAAGGCUGGAUGGCUGAGCACAUGCUGAUCAUGAGCAUCACCACCCCCAAGAAGAAAGAAUACUUUGUGGCCGCAGCCUUCCCCAGUGCCUGUGGCAAAACGAACCUGGCCAUGUUGAACCCGGGCGUGCCGGGAUACAAGAUACAGUGUGUGGGAGACGACAUCGCCUGGAUGAGGUUCGAUGACUCGGGCGUUCUGCGGGGCAUCAAUCCCGAGGCUGGCUUCUUCGGCGUGGCUCCAGGGACAAACAUGAAGACCAACCCAAACGCCAUGCUGACCUUCCAGGAGAACAGCAUCUUCACCAACGUGGCCGAGACAGCGGACGGGGGGUACUACUGGGAGGGACUGGAGGAUGAGGUGCCCAAGGGUAUCGGGAUCACAACCUGGCUGGGUCAGCCCUGGCACAUCGGCCAUGGCGGGAAGUCGGCCCACCCCAACUCCCGCUUCACGGCCCCGGCCUCCCAGUGCCCCAUCAUUCACCCCAAGUGGGAGGACCCCAAGGGCGUGCCCGUCUGUGCCAUCAUCUUUGGAGGGAGACGGCCCACGGGCGUCCCUCUAGUGAUAGAGGCCAAGAGCUGGGCCCACGGGGUCAUGAUAGGGGCCUGUGUCAAGUCAGAGGCCACAGCUGCUGCUGAGCAUACAGGGAAGAACAUCAUGCACGACCCGAUGGCCAUGAGGCCCUUCAUGGGAUACAACUUUGGACAUUACCUGCAGCACUGGCUGGACCUGGAGAAACCAGGACGCAAGAUGCCCAAAAUCUUCCACGUCAACUGGUUCCGUGUAGAUGAGAAUGGCAAGUUCUUGUGGCCAGGUUUUGGUGAGAACAUUCGGGUGUUGGACUGGAUCCUGCGUCGUUGUGACGGGGACGACAGCAUCUGGCAGGACUCUCCCAUCGGUCUGCUGCCCAAGAAAGGCACCAUCAAUAUGAGCGGCCUGAGCGACGUAAGGGAGGAGGAUUUGUUCAGUCUGCCCACACACUACUGGCUGGACGACACACGUGAGAGCCGACGCUUUCUGGAGGAUCAGGUGGGCAGUGACACUCCUGCCAUCAUCACCCAACUGUUGGACCAGCAGGAGGCAGCCUUCCAGAAACUCAAGUAGAUGGAUUUGAACUCUGGACCUUGUGGCAAGCCAGUCUGUGACCGUUGUUAUGUGUGUCUAAGUGAACCCAUGAGACAGCGGCGGGACACUGUGAGCAGACGUUGGUACAGUUAGUGGCUUGGGGCACGUUGGUUCUCCCCCAACGGUUCGCAAGGGCUAGGUACUUGUCCCAGCUCUCAGAGAUUGAAUUAAGUGUAUAUAUGAUGUUGUUGAUUACAGUUUUGCUCACAAGUGUAACAAUUCAGGGAUAACUCUAUGGCCUUAUUUCAUAAAUUUAUACUUCGUCAGUGCCAUUCCACAAACACGUACGUCAUUUUUGAAGUUUGAGAAAGUAAAAGAAAAACAGAGCAGCAAAAUCAAAACCAUGAGUGGGGCGCUUUGUUAUUUUUAAAACUAAAAUCAAGGAAGGACAUAACAAAACAGAACAAAUUUGUACUGUAAGAUGCCCCUUGGUCAUGUCUUUGUUCAAAUAACAAUGGCUUACCAUACAUGGCAACUCCUGGAAAUCAAUUUGGGCGAUUCUGGAAUGACGCUGAUGAAGUAUGAUCACUUGUACUAAACUGAAAUGGGUAGAUAUAUUUUAUGUCCUCUUUAUAAGGCCGCUCUGUCAUCCCAGAAACUUUUCCAUUUAUAAUUUUUUUAACACCAGUACAGACCACUGGUAGCGGUAUCAACACCUUGGGUGGUGUAACAUAUAUAUGUAGCUGAUGUCCGCCUCCAUAAGUCCAUGUGUCCCAGACUUUGCCUCCUUUUACUGGAAUUUCUUUCCCCCUGCGAUUUUCUAUCUCUUAUUCUUGAAGAACAAACAGGAGACAGUGGGUGUUUACCCUCACUCCUGGUGAGGUCACUCUAAGGAUGUGUUCAUCUUGUGGUUGCAGACAAGAUAUAAUAAUAUAUCUAGGUGUAUCUGGGUUUUUUCUCUAGACCUUCAGAUGAGAAGUUCAUGUCUUUAGUGUGUUGUAAAUCUGUUUUCUUCGCUUCAGCGAGUUUGUUCCAUGUUAAUCAGAUGUGAUAUAAAAUCUUGGUAUUAUGAUAUGUCAUACCUUUUCUUUUUGUGGCCUGUGAAUUGAGGUGUGUAUACUAUUACUAUACAUGGUGUACUGUAGGCUGUGUAAGAAACAAAUUUUGAGCUGCACUCGGAGAGAGAGAGUGGGUCAUGGGCCCGUCUGUGUCCACUUCAUCAUCAUCAAGAUCUCAGUUCUCAUAAUCAGACCUGGCUAACCAGUACAAGCAGGUACUGCCAGUUCAGCAAGCUGUUCAAAGAUAGCCCAGACAAUAACUGGCAACUUGUAUGCACAUACCCCAGAUAGUUAACUAGCCGGUUGUGAAGUUGUUCAGCGAAUGAUUCCACCGACUUGCUUCUAUUUCUAUUCUUUUCACUUCAGUGUGGUGUACAGUACUCAGCAGAAAAAUAUACAACUUUCAGCGAAAGUUUGGUGUGAAAGUGUAGUGUUAUUCUUAUUCCUCUACGAUGUAUUGACUUUUGCUUUUACAAAGAAUAUAUUAUACAAAAACUGAUAGCUCUGUUUAUACAUGUAUUUUGUUGUGCACUUUUACAAAGAAUAUUAUAUAUAUUACAAACUAUAUAACUCAGCUUGAGUAACACCUAUAUAAUGAAGUUACAUUUUUCAGAGCUUGUUUUUCCUCCAUCUGUGAACCCACCCAUGUUAGGCAUGUUAAGUUUUUAAGGUCUAUCAGACUGUUUUCCAUCCUUGAAAUAAUCCUGACAGGUCUGGAAAAAGUUAAAAGAAAGGAAGAAGAUAGAAUGAACGGCAUCAUUCACAACAAUGCUGUUUUGCAAUUAUGACCGUUUUGUGGUUGUGUCAAGUUUUAUUACAAUAAAUAUAUGUCAUGUAUUGCGGAGA